CUCACAGACGCAUGCAUUUGCAUCCACAAAAAUCAGGUGUCAAGCAUAGGCCUACAAUAACCUCUGCACAAAAUAUAUUGUCACCAUUUUUCAAGUAACGUAUUUUAUUUCAGUUAGCCCGCAAGUUUGUUUAUUUUGUAAAAAACAAUGGAUUCGGAGUAUUUGAAAAAGCGUCUCGGGAAAUGUCUGACCGAGGGCUUAGCAGAAGUUGCAGUGCAACGACCCUUGGAUCCCAUUGAGUUUCUGGCGCAGUGGAUUUACAAAUACAAAGAAAACCUCGACUACGAGGAGAAGAGGAGUGCCUACCUGGCAGAGCUGGAGAAGGAGCAGGCCAGAGCUAGGGACGAGGCCAUGCACCAGAAACUGCUUAAGGAGGAGGAGGACAAGCUCCGAGAGGCGCAGGAGGGACCCAAAGCAGAAGUGGAGGAGGAAGCACCUCUAUCAACUCAACUGGAGCGACCAAAGAAGUCCAACCCACCCAAACUGGAGGCAGUGAAGGAGGAUCAAGAGCCACCUCCACCUCCUGAAACAAGCACAGAGGCUGACACAGGAAGUGAUGCGGCACAGAUGCCUGGAGCAACAUCCGACCUCACCUCUCUAACGGCGACAGAGCCGCCCGAGGAAAGUGGAAGCAGUGCUUUGGAUGCCACAGCUGGAGACAAGGUGGCUUCAGGGGAACCCACCCAACACCUCACAGAACCGGAACCGGACCCAGAGGCGUCAGAAACCAAAACACACACUGCGGGUCAGACUCCUACGGAAAUGGUGGGGGAGACCUCUGACUUGAUCCAGGAAGAAAACCAUUCAGCGGCAAUCACGGCCACAGAAACACCUGAUGCUCCGAGCACCUCACAGUCAGAAGACAUGGCAGAGGCCAAGAAUGAGACACAGAACAUCUCGCCUCAGCAAACUGAGAUUCAGCCCCCAGAACAACAGGCAGAGAAGGUGAGCGACGCAUCUGAGAGACGUACACCUGUGCAGGUGAGCUCACCGGUUAAGGACGUGGAGGACGCUCAGCCUGAGCUGAACCCCGGAGAACACGCAUAUGGGGAACCACAGAGGGACGAGGGUGCCGUUGGGGGUUCCGAGGACAAGCUGAAAACGGGUGACACUGUUCCAGGUGGAGCUCUAGCUAGCAAUGAGGGGGAACAAAGGGGAGACACAGAGGCUGGCCUGGACGCCCACGAAGCUGACCAGCGUCUCCCUCAGUCGGAUGAGACAGAGACCGGAGAGCCGCAGAAACAGACCGAGUCACUGGAGCUCUCACAACAACAAUCUCAGGAGGAGUUGCCUCAGCCUGAUUCCAGCCACCUGAACCCAGCAGAGGAACUAGCAAAUGCAGGACCUGAGGCAUCUGUGGAACCAGAGAAAGCAGAGCCGUCUGUAAGACCAGCGAGUCGUGCUCGAGAAGACCCCAAGACAGACACACACGACGAUCAGGUCAAAGAGGACAAGCAGAAGGAAGAAGACGACAGCUAAAGUGAGCAUGUUGGGAUUACCAUAAAAAUAAAAAAAAAUGUUCAUCAUGUGCCCAACUAUCAAACCCCAUUAAACAUUAUUACAGGUUUGGGUAUUAAUGUAAUCUGUGACUGCUGUUAGCUUGAUGUUGAAAAACUGUUGUGCCAUAAAUGUUUGUUAUUUCUGCUA